UGUGAUGUCGGCGCGCUUAUCUCUUCCAUUUGCUUUUUCACAACGGCGAUUAUGAACCGCUGCGUUGCGUCAUGGGAAACGAGGACCCUCCGUCCGAGACUUUGUUUGGGAAAAAAGGGGAAAAAAAUGCAUUGGACUGACGCGCUGAUCAUUUUUGGCGGCCUGACGUUCAUUUUGUACUCCGCAAAAUUGGCGUGGAAAUGUUGCCGCGGAUUCCGAGAGUUCAUCUUGUCGGAGUUCUGGCGGGUGGAUCUGAGGACUUACGGCCAGUGGGCAGGUACAGCGACGACUUUGGCUGUUGCGCUUCUGAAUCUUUUCCCGGCUUUCCAAAAGUCCCUUCUAACAUUUCUCGUAAUCUCUCCCGCAGUCGUCACCGGAGCCACGUCUGGCAUCGGGAAAGCGUACGCGACGGAGCUGGCGAGGAGGGGCGUGGACGUGGUUCUGGUGAGCCGAUGCGACGAGAAGCUUCGACUUCUGGCCCAAGAGAUCGAGCGUCAGCACGGUCGCAAGACCCUCAGCAUCCGGGUGGACUUCACGCGCGGCCCCGACAUCUACCCCGUCAUCGCCCGCCGACUGCACGGCCUGGAGAUCGGAAUUCUGGUGAACAACGUGGCAAUGUCCUACUCUGACGAUUUUGCCUCCUUCCUGGAAAUUCCAAAUGCUGAACAGAAAAUCACAGAAGUUCUCAACUGUAACACGCUGUCUGUUGCUCAAACGACGAGAUUAGUCCUGCCCGGCAUGCUGGACAGGCGGAGCGGGCUGAUCGUCAACAUUUCCUCGCAAGCGGGAAUCCACCCGCAACCUCUGUUGGCGCUUUACUCCGCCACCAAGGCGUUCGUGACGUAUUUCUCGCAGUGUUUGCAUGCUGAGUACAAGGCGGACGGGAUUACGGUCCAGUGCGUGGCGCCCUUCCUGGUCUCCACCAACAUGACCAAAAUGAAAAGCGGCGUCUGCGUGAAGAGCGCCGCCGCCUUCGCGCGAGAGGCCUUGAACACCGUGGGAUACGCCAGCCACACCAACGGCUGCCUGCUGCACGCGCUGCAGAGUUUCGCCGUCGGGGUGCUGCUGCCGGACUGUCUGCGGAUGUCCUCCUUCCUGGUGGCGAGGAUGCGCCGCACGGCUCAGCGGAGAAAAGUCCAAAGAGGAGCGUGGUGAUGGCGUCGCGGUUGCGCUUUCAUGUAAAAAUGUAGUUGACUGAAUCUGUGAGCGCUAAACUGACAAGUAUGUCAAAAUCCACUGUACAUUUUUUUUUUUUUUUGGAACCAG